AUGUCUGCAUUCCACAAGUUCUUCGAUAUACAACCCGCGUCGAACAUUACCAACCCGGAACCAACAUAUCAAAAGAGCAAAAGCAAAGCACCUCAAACACUUGGUGAUGUAGGUGUAUUGCCGGAUGUUGAACUCACGGACUUUGCUUCUCGCAAUACAGACAAUGGUCGCCAGGCUUCAGUCUCGGAAUUUGAUAUGCCAAAGGGUGCGCAAACCCCCAAGACUCCCAAUGAGCUUGAGAUGAGUCGCCCGGCUACACCGAUUCGAGAAGAUGCGGUUGGCAGGGAGAGGAUGUGGAACGCUGAGCCCAUGACCAAAUGGAGGAUCUUGUGCUGCUGCAUGAUCUAUUUCUCAAACGGAAUAAACGAUUCAGUUGUUGGCGCUUUGAUCCCAUACAUGGAGUCGUACUACCACAUCUCAUACUCGAUCAUGUCUCUGGUCUUUGUCGGCAAUGCCAUCGGUUUUAUCUCUGCUGCCUUUUUCACCAAUUCAAUUUUGGGAAAGUUCGGAAGAGCAAAGACGUUGAUAUUCGCAGAGUUGAUACAACUAUCUGCAUAUAUUAUCCUUGUGUGCACGCCUCCUUAUCCUCUCGUCAUCGUAUCCUUUUUCUUAUUAGGAUUUGGUGCCGCUAUCAACCUAGCGCUCAACAACGUGUACUGCGCGAAUACGCAUCCACCCAGUGUCAUUCUUGGCCUGGCGCAUGGUAGUUAUGGCGUCGGAGGAAUAAUAGCACCUAUCAUCGGGACAGCGAUUGUUUCGCAAGGAAUCCUGUGGUCACGCUUCUACUUCAUAUGUGUCGGGCUGCGACUUUGCUGCAUCGCCUUCGCCGCAUGGUCCUUCUGGUCAUACAGGGAAGACUCUGAGGAGACCCUCCUGGAAGCCACGACUAGCAGGCAAACUUCCGCAGAGAAUGCCGCGUCAAAGCUGAAGAAUCUAAAGCUCGCCUUGAAGAACAAGGUGACCAUAUUCGGGGCACUGUUCAUUUUCGCAUACCAAGGAGCUGAAGUGAGCAUCUCCGGCUGGUUCAUCUCGUACCUCAUCAACUACCGUAAUGGGGACCCUGCGAAGGUUGGAUACGUCACAGCAGGCUUCUGGGCUGGAAUCACUCUUGGCCGUUUUGUACUCACUCAUGCUGCACCCAAAAUAGGCGAGAAGAGAUUCGUCGUCAUCCUCACAAUUGGAACAGUAGGCCUUCAGCUUUUGGCAUGGUUGACGCCGAACUUGAUUGGAAAUGCGGUCGCUGUAUGCUUGCUGGGUUUGUUGUUGGGCCCUGUCUACCCUUGUGCGCAGACCAUCUUUUCGCGUCUCAUGCCUCGUCAUGUUCAAACAACUGCAAUCGGCUUCAUAGGCGGUGCAGGAAGUUCAGGCGGUGCAGUCGCUCCAUUCACAACUGGUGUUCUCGCACAAGCCUCUGGUACUUGGGUGCUUCACCCUGUUGCAAUUGGUAUGUAUGCCGUCAUGAUGGUUUGCUGGUUCGCAUUGCCCAAGGUGCGCAAGCGGACUGAGUAG